UUGUUGAGAAGCCACACACAAAAACGUCAUGAGUCUAUCCUACGCAAUCGGUUCGAGAACUCAUGCACAGCCGAAGAGGAAAGGAAAAACCCCAGCGUCAAAAACAAAUGAAUCUACGACGACCAGUGGAACUAAAACUAAAUCAACCACAACAACAACAAAAGUAAACACGCCUCCAAAACCCAGAGUAGUCACCCUUGCCACUUUGAAGCAGACAUCGGCAGAUAGAGGCAAAAAGACAACUAAAAUUCACUCCCGGACUCCUAAGAAAACAGCAGCACAGCCUGCAGUGAGAACUCACAAAAUGUGGGACGAAAGGGAGAGCCAAUCUUUGAGUGCAACCGGCAGGAAUCCUAUGUCAGUUCGAGGUGAUAGAAACGCCAUUGCCAGUGGUUAUGCCAACAGAGCGUCUUCUUCUACUACGAACGGUCCUGCAGCUAGGGGCCGACUGCCUGGCGGUGAUGAGUCGCUGAGCCACGGGCAGCCAACUCCUGAUGAAGAGCGACGAGACACCUAUCAACCUAAUGGUGGAUACACUCUUCAUACGCCAAACCCAAAGAAACGAGAACAAUUACAAAACUGUGCAAAUAACGAAUUGGAGAGACUGGCGGCGUACAAAGAGAAGAAGAGAGUUGGUCAUGUCUCCAUCACACCGAGGCGUGUCGGAGGCGCCAAGAUGUCAGAGGAACAGGUCCGCCGGCAGCAGGUUAGAGAACAAGAAAAAAAGAAAUUUGACAAUAUUAGAAAGAGACAACAGUGGGCUGACGAGAAGAAGGCACGAGAAGAUAGAGAGUUUAAUGAAAAGAAGGCCAGAGCUCGAGAACAGACCGAAAGGAACAAACGUAAGGAAGAGCAACGACAGAUGGUUCAGACGAACGACAGACAGCGUUGGUUGGAGCGGGGUGGACUUGAAAAACUAGAAGGUGGAGAAGCAAGAAGAUCUGGUACUAAAGACAAAGAGUUUGAUUCAAAUGAAAGCAGUUUGCAGGGAUUGACGGACAUGUUUCCCUUCAAGAGCCCAGAGAAAUUGAAGGAGAUGCUCCAAGCGGCAAAUGGCGACGUGAAUAAAGUCAUCGAUUGGCUUUCUAAUUGAGUAAUUAAAAGAACAACAAUGGUGACCUUAACAGGCUUCAACCAGAUCCUGAAAAGUCCUUAAUAAGUUCUGAAUUUGAAGAACUAUCAAAAAGUCCUUGAAAUGGUGUCUAAAUUGCCUUGAAUUUUAUUGAAGUUGUUUAUUGAGAUGAUGUUCCCGUCAAAGGAACUUGGCAAACUCCCUCCCUCUCAUACUAACUUAACAAAUCAUGAAACUGUGAUUAAGUAAAUAGUUGACGAUAUUUAUUCUAGUCAUUGUGAAACCAACGGUUAGCUUGGUUGGAUUCAAACUUGUGAAGUUUUUGAGAAGUUUCAGUAAAAUUGGGCAUGAUGAUUCAAGGAGGCAACGGAGGAAAUCGCACUGGUGGUUAAAGGAACACGUCGAGUUGGUUAAAAAGCGUUUUUAACCUCUGGUUAUAAAAUACAUAUGGGUAGAAA